AUGAGCAGCGGGAUGCUUUUCCGUCCAACCGCGUGGCGUACCGCUACCCGUCUCGUUGCUGUCGGUGUCGGCGUCGGCGUCGGCCAAGGCACAUGCUUCGGUGCCGGAAUCACGUCUCCCAUUCGACUGGAUGCGUACCAAUCGCCCCGUCGCCCACAUUCAUGGCAUCAACAAAUCGAUGCCAAACCUUCACAGCAACGGAUAAAGCAGGUUUCUAGUGGUAGCCUCGCCGGUACCGUCUCUGUGAAUCGCGCUCAUGCGUCGUCCACGCAUCGUCCAGGUCUUGUCGCUGCUGUUGUCGCCACCCUUUUCUCCCGAACCCUCCUCGUGGUCGGGGGCAUGUUUGUCGUCAUCGCGUCUCAGCUGGCCUCGCGCCGGGGGUUGGAAUCGCUACGUCUCCUUGGUCUGAACCCGAUGCAAUGGCCUGGAGUGCCGUCCUUGGCUACCAUUGGCGCCGAAUACCCGUGGUUUGCAUCCUCGUUUGUCUUUACAUUCAUCCUAGCUGCCUUUGUACAGCUGUAA